CACUGGCCAGGGGUACAGCACUGCAUGUAACCCGCCAAACACAAGAUUCUUUCUGUCUACGUAAGGACGUGGGGCCUACUAGGCAUCAACGAGACUUCAACCCACUCCCUCAACUCCGGGUACUUACCUUAUACAUAUACGUCGCCGCUGUAAAUCGUUCCGCACUCGCCCCAGUCUUCUUUUCGGGAUCAGAGCAUAGUUCCUGACCGGUGUUGGCGAAGCGCUCUUGAGCGUCCGUUCAAUAUACCGAGCACACGACAGACUACACACCCUACCACCGAGAGCACCCUAACGGCGGGAUGACGGCGCAGAGCGAAUCUGUAUGGCCUCCAGCCGCCGUAUCGAGUGAUAACGGUUUCAACCCAACCCAUAUGCAGACGACGAGCAGUUCUGCAAGUGGACCCACUCCGCCACCGGCGUCAAAGGGCAGACUUCAAGCCUGUGACCGAUGCCGACUUCGGAAACGAAAAUGCAACGGAGGCCAGCCAUAUUGCAACAACUGUUCAUUGGCAAGAAGCAAAGGCCAGCAAGGCAUUGUAUGUCAAUAUGCCGAGAAAAAGAAGCGACGAAAGCCACGCGUCCGCAACGAGCUGAUGGCGCGAUUAGAGGUGCUUGAAACGCUCCUUUUGCCGCUGCAAGGGAAAGAUGAGCAUCCUUUGGACGAUAAGAGUCGAGCAGAGGCCAGGGCAGAGAUAGCUGGCCUGUUGAAAGGCCUCAAGAAAAGGAAUGCUCGCGAGCAGAUUGAGGCGGAACAGGCCGAACACGACGAGGCUGUGGACACGGACAGCGAGGAAGACGGUGAUCAUGAGAGCGUUGGGAACGGAAGCAUUGGGAAUGGAAGCAUUGUGUCAGGCGGUACAGCAGCCAGUGGUACUGGACCCUCGUCCUUUCCGAUGGUUCAAUCGCCAUCCGUGAUGUCCUCUAGUGGAUCGGUGUUCUCUUCCUCGAACCUGUCCUUGAACGGUUCGAUGUCAGCUUUGGCGCCGGUCACUACCCCCAACCUCCUUUCGGCGUUACCGGGUCAUUACGACAUCGAGCCCUUCGAACCGAUCUCCUGGUCAGGAUUGAUAUCGGAUGAUCUCAUGGAGAGCAUUCCAGAUUUGUCCUACAGUGUCGCCCCCAAUCAUUUUGCUCAAGCUACCAACCCCCGUGCAUCUAUAUCCCCGUCCAUGGCUGUCACCGCGGCGCAUAUACCCGCCGAUGCCCCGCAUCUUUUCACACAUCUCAUCGCGCUGUACUUCGUCUCCAUCAACACGUGCAUGCCAAUCUUCGAUCUCGCCGAGUUCAUGACGAAUCUUACUCCCAUCAACCGUCAUCACCCUGCCGUGCUGUAUGCCAUCUACGCGUACGGCGCGCUCUUUUCACGCCAUCCAGCUCUAUACCAAGAACCGUACAAGACUCCGAUGAAUGCUGUAAACAUGUUCAUCGUUGAGGCCCUCAAUCAGGUCGAUGACUUGACAGAUAUUUGCGAAAGGUGCAGCGUGCUUGUCAUGCUUUGCAAACUCUGCUACGGAAUGGGUCGUCCCGCUCAAGCAUAUCAAUUUUUCGGAAGCGCCGUACAAGCUGCGGAACGUGCAAAACUGGGAUUUAUUCAGAACUCGGACGAGAAUCAGGCAUUCACAAUCUGGGGAUCUUUACCUCGCGCAGAUCUGCAGCACCACUCGCCCAAAACCCUCAUCGCGACUUGGUGCCUGUGCUUCCAAGCCGACACCUUGUUGACCAUGGGAGCAAACGCGAACCUGCUGAUCGACGAGUCCCAGUACAGUCACAUCCUGGCCAUGAUCAGCGAUACUGAGAAACAAGCCCCCGUGAACCCGCCCGAGAGCUCAGCCGAAGCGGCCAUCAAGCACUGGGCGACCUUCUUGGAGUCGUAUUGCACGUACUCCAUCCACGAUUAUCGUCCGGCGGCUUGGAGGCCCUCGUGGUACCUUUUGGAAUCCCACUGCACGAAAACCAAACCUUGGGCCAUGCAGAUGAUGUACUUCUCGAGACGCCUAUACCGUUUCAACCGCGCGAUGCCUUUCGAGGUUAGCCCUGUUGUUCGCACUGCGGCCGAUAUCGUCUUGAAGACGAUCAAGCAAACGAACGGUAACAACAUGCAGGAGCGCGAAGAGGAGCGUGCGAACUUGCACAAUGCGCUCAUUGAAUGGUGGAACGCACUCCCAGCCACAGAACGUGCGUUUGACAACUUGGACGUAUUUAUGGAUGGACGCGAAAUGCCUCGCCUACCAAGCGUCACGCAACUCGCAAGUUUCCAGUUCUCUUUGCUGAAUCUGUACUUCACCGGCCUGUUUUCCUGGCUCCACCACCGCGAAGGGAUCGAUCUUCAACAUUACGACUCCACCUCAGAACCGUUGUACCCAACUGGCCCGCAUUCGAAUUCACCUCGCGUGACGUCGACCCAUAUCCUAUUGCUUACGUUCCGCGCACACUUGUUCUUCAUCCGCGCCAUCUACGCCAUGCAUGGUUUCGCCAGCGUCUCCGAAGUCUUCCUGGCCCCGCCCGGCGGCGCCCUCGGAGCCGUUCCGCACACCACCAUCGGGCCAAACUCGCCACCACCCCCACUCGUACUCAUGCAGAACCCGCUCUGCGUGCAAUCAUGCUUCACCGUCUGCUUAGUGCAUAUCCGCCAAAUCUCUCGCCUGCCGCCAGACAACCCGCAACGCAACGCCCUGCGCGAGGAAUGCGUGUUUGCACUGACGAACGACAUGCUGCCUAUGUUUGUCAACGCCGGCCGUGUGUGGCCCGUGCUCAACGUGUUUGUUGACAGACUUCGGGACGCGAUGCGCAGCUUGGUCCUUGGGGAACAGAUCCCCACCAACAUCGCUAUGGACUCGGCGGCUAUUGAUGUCACGGGCAUCACGAAGGAAUUUCGGACGUCAUUUAGUGUGUAGCGUGUAGCUGCGGGACGGGGAACUGAUUUUAGGCAUAGAAUUUUAAUGUGGGUUGGGGGGGGACUCUUGGGACGCUGUACUAUAAUACCAGGGAGCAUAGCAUCUUCCCUUCUACCUUCUGUCGUUAUCAAUCAUGCAUUCACUCGAUUUCAUCUCCAGACCUUGCUUCCAUUUACGUUGGACGACUCACCCCCCUCACCCAUCGAGUCGAUUCUCCUUCCACAACCCGGCGCCCAGCCCUGUUCGUUGUCGGAAUAGAAACGUGUCCAAAGAAUACGAGUUGCUGAGUCCACAGUCGCUGAAUGAGCGUUAUGACGCGAAAUUGAAGAGUUUCACCG